AUGGGUGAUUGUCAUGAAGCUCACGUAAAUUUGAAUAUAGAAAUGAUUGCAAUUGUUCUUGUGCCGUAUAUUGAAGAAACACCGAGGUAUCCUAUCAAAGAAUGUCAAAUCUCCGUUCUCAAUAAGUACCGUAAAACAAUUAGCUUUGUCGAUGAAUGGCGAUUUAAACACCAUAAGGGAGUUAAUGAAUGCAUUUUCAAUUAUGUGUUUUGGACGUUUAAGUCACGUGUUGAUGGCUUUCGUUAUUUUCGACCGGUGAUAUCAAUAGAUGGAACACAUGUAUAUGGUAAGUAUGAUAUCAAGUUGUUGAUUACGGUUGGUACGGAUGGAAAUGGCUCCAUUUUUCCUUUGGCUUUUGCAAUAGCAGCGAAUGAAAGUCUUGAUACACGGACCAAGUUUUUGAGCGAUUUGCAUCAACAUGUCGUGCGUGGUCGUGAAGGAAUUAUGUUGAUAUCUGACAGACAUCACAAAAUACUUAGAAGUGUCUCUACAGAGCAUAACUGGCAAGCUUCUUUUGCCUAUCACCGUUAUUGCUUAAGGCAUUUGAAGGCCAAUUAUCAGAGAGCUUACAAAAGUGUCUGA